AGUUUUCUGCUAUUAAAAUCAGAUUUCUUAUAUCCUUGAAAAUAGGUUAGGGUAUUUUGUAACUUUGUAAAGAUAAAAUUGUCAUACAAGUGCAACACAAUUAUACAAUUUUGCCAAUUUUCUUAAAUAUAAUGGUUUCCGAAGAUGGACAUUCUUCAGGGGAACACCACGAAAACCUUUUUAUUAGAUUUCUUGGCAAAGUGGUCAAUGCCAUUGAAGAGCCUGUCGUUUGGUUUAGAGGGACGGUAGUGGAACCUAAUCGAAAACAGUACCCCUGGUACCAUCAGAAGUUCCGCAGGGUUCCCACCGUUGACCAAUGUUAUGAUGAUGAUCGAGUUUGCAAAUUUGAGGCUCAAGAACAGUUUAACCGUGACCAUAAAGUGGAUUCUGCCAUCUUGAGCAUACUGAGAUACCGCUAUGAGAACUGCAUGAUGUACGAGAAGCCCAACGAAGACAAAUGCCUUCCGCUGAUGGAAUCAUACGAAGAGGCAGCAGCUAACUGGUUCGCCAAAUAUGGUGAUCUCGGAUUUAAGAUGGACGUGGAAAAAGCUUACAUGAAACAGAAACACCGUAUGGUCUGGGAAAGACGCCACGGAAAAAUCGGAACGGGAACAGAGGGAAAUCGACCCAAAAGCGUUGAGGAGUCGCAGGGAGAAUAGAAAUUUGGAAGAAUCGUUAUAGUAUCUCAGAAUGCAUUGUUUACAUUUGCUUUUCCCCCUCUUUAAUAGCUAAUUAGGUUCAGUUUGUCCUGAUAUUUUCCAUAAAUGCAUUCUGUCAGAUUACUGGGCGAUGUAAUUGUAGUCAACUGUAAAUAACUCAUGUGGUACAUUAUUAAAAUUGUUUUCAAUAA